AACACUUAUGUUAGUUUCGUUCGUUUUCGUGUGAUGUUAGUUCAUAGGAAAACGAUCAACAAUGUAAUUAACUGCAAUUAAUUUUAUUUAUUCUAGUCAUUGUAGUCUCAUGCUUGACACAUAGGUGCUCGCUUUACAGUCCUUGUUAAACAAGGUGCAAACUGCAUUUAGACUUUCAGCUUUGUUAGCAUUUAACAAAUUUUAAAAAUGUUCGUCGGUGGCGGCAUGGCGUCUCCAAAAACUAUAAAAAAACAUACGAAAAAACACCGUCGACAUCAUCACCAUCAUAGUCAUCAUCAUAAUUUCCAUCCACCUCAAGAUUUACAACUAUCAAAUCUAGAAGCAUCUCAGCAUCAAAUUCUGGAAACAGUUAAAAAUGAUAGGGUAAUUGUAACUCAACCAGAAGAGGACAGAAGACGACGCACAAUCAUUGUGGAGAGGAAAAAUGGAUCAUUUGGCUUCACUUUGCAGACUUAUGGUAUUCAUCAUAAACGAGAUGGCGAAAUUGAAUUAAUUACUUAUGUAGAUUACGUGGAAUAUGAUGGUCCAGCGUUUCGUGCUGGGAUGAGGCCAGGUGAUGUGAUUUUAUCCAUCAAUGGCCAUGAUAUGGAAAAGGUUGACCAUAAAGAACUUGUUCGGUAUAUACAGAGCUGUGAGAAGACCAUGCGCAUGGUUGUAUUAUUUGAGGAUUGUGUACAUAAAGUGGAACUGCAUAUGAAAUACUUACGAUUGAAGAGGGUCUUUCAAGAAAAGAAGUUCGAGUUAGAGCAGUUAUGUGAAAAAGAACAGCAAUUAAUCCAAAGUUUUAAAGAUAGAGGACUACAAAUUCCACCUAGUCCAUAUCUUAUGAGCAGAAUUCGCAAUAUGGUGCCACCUAGUCCAUGCAGUCUCCAUAGUUAUGGCAGCUCUCAUGCAUCAAGCAAUCUGCCCCAGACCUUGACUUCGGAUGAUUCAAUAAGCUGUUACAACUUCCCUAGCAUUUCUGGACGUAAAACUUACAAAAGCCAUGCUGGUACUGCUCAUGCCUCACCAGUCAUUGUACCUAAACAAUUUGCUACAUUGCCAAAAGCUGCUGGUGCUGUGAGACGACCAUGGCCUAAAUUCACAGGAGGUGCCAGUUCAUUGACACCCAAAGGGUCAUGGGAUGGUCUAGAGUCUCAAUCAAGCACAGGUCUUUCUGAAAGUACUGAUUUUUCUGAGUCAUCAAGUCAAGAUUCACGAGCUCACUCGCCUGCUCUUUCUCGAAGAUCUGGUAACAAGUCUGAAAGUGAUCUGCCAGACAUUGCCCAAGAUGAUGAAGAGGAAGAAAAUGACCGAGAUGAAGUAACUAGAUUGUAAUUGUCUGGUUAUGUUUGUUAACUUUUGUUUUCCCUCAAAGAUCUUGUGUAUUUUUUUUGCAUUUUCUUGAGAGUUUGAGAAUUUUAUCUAUGUUGAACAGUAUUUUAAAAUUAAAUAUACGUAUAUAUCAGUUUUUAGCAUACACAGGUAAGGUUCCCAAAAUUAAAAUACAUCUGUCUCAAAGCUAUUUUAAAUACAAUUUACAAAUUUAAUUUUUUUGUUCACUUCGAUUAAGAAUAAAUAAAAUUGGAGCUGACAGAAAUAAAUGCAUCAAAUGCAUAUUCUAAAAAAAAAGUGUUGUAAAAUAGAUUUUUAAAGAACAUAUAGGAUUUCAAAUUCAUUAAAUUUUUGGGAACUACCUCAAAAGUAGAAAAGAAUCCUGUGUAGGCUUGAUAUCCAUCUAAUACUAUUUGAUUUUUUUCAACUCUGUUAUAUGUGAUAGUUUUGAGUAUUUGGGCUUUAAAAUCUUGAAGAAUUUCUUUUCGUAAUUCAAUUUUUUUAUAGAAUAAAAGUAUCAAUUAUAUAGUUAUUUUGUCUCAUUUUGCAUAAAAAUAAAGUGAGAAUUGGAUUUUUUUAUUAUAUAGUAAAAAUAUAUGAUUUGCUCUUUAAUUAUUAAAAGAUUAAUUUAAUCACCAAUAAAACUUUUCUUUGUUUUGUUUUUUUAAUUACUGCAAAUAUGCUUAUAAAAAGUGACACAAAAAACUUUUCUAAGGCAGUUAUAUAUUUUUAAUUUAUUAAUUUUCUUCAAACUAAGUUUCUGCUUUAAGUAUAGUGUCCAAUUAAAUAAGUGUAUUAAAAAUCAGUCAGUUUUUUAAUACAUUUUGGUGGCAAACAAAUAAUGUAAUUUGCAGAAUUUGAUAGGUCAUAUGCAUUCAUAUGGUGCUAAUGAGUGAAUUAUUAUAAUUUUUUUCUGAAUUAAAAAUGCCCAUGCAGUGUAUACAUAGCAAAAAUAUGUUUUUAUCAAUAAACCAAUCAUUUUAUGUGCAACUUAAAUUACUAUAAGUAUUAGCCAUGAGUUUUAAGGCAAAAUUCAUUGCUGAAAAAAAUUUGUUUGUCUAGUCUUUGCUGUAUAUAAUAUCUAGCUUUUGUUUAAAAUAGUUUUAUUUAUUUAAAAUCUUAUACUGCUUUUGCAUGUUUCAUAUUUCUAUUGUCAUUGAGCUUUUGUACUUAAUUUUUUAUAUGGAUGGUGUAAAACUGGUGCCGUACUAAGAGUUUCAGAACAAAAGUACUUUUAAUUCAACAUUUGCUUUUCCUUCUUUAAUGUAGAAUAUAUAUUUUGGCUACCAGUGUAUGAAUGUUUAUUUAUUAUGCAGUAUUUUGUACAUUUAGAGAUUUCUUUUUGAAGGUUACCAUUUUUUUGUCAGUUUUUUUUCUGAAUUAUAAUUUUUAUUAAUAUAUUUUUAAUUUAAUGUUUUUUGUAGUGGCAUUUUAGAAAGUUUUGUUUAAAGUAUUUUUUUAAAUUUACUGAUUUAAAUUAAGUAUUACUCUGCAUACAAGUUUAAUGGCUACAAUGUACAUUUUUUAUUUGGUUUUAUUUUCUAAGUAUUAUGGGACAAUCAUAGAAAUGAUACAUAAAAUAUCAUUCUUAUAACAGCCUUUUUUUUUUUCCAUAUGAAAACAUCACUGAAUAUAUAAAUAUGAGAAGGCAUUCAGAUUUUUUGCCAUAAAAUUUUCAAAAUGCAACUUUAAAUAAGUACAAAAAAAAAAAAAAGCUUUUUAUAAAUGUAUUUUCUAUGUAGAAAAGGCAAUCUGACUUGUAUGUCAAUGAAAUUUUUUAAAUAUAGAAUUCCUCUGAUUAAAAGUCAGUUGGAUUCUUUAAUGUCUUUUAACAGGUUUAUUUUAUAAUUAGAUUGGCUUGCAUAAUUUAUAUAUUUAAUUAAUCUCUGAAAAUAUUUUAAUUGCAUAACACCACAAAAAACUUUCUUCAGCCAUUUGUCAGAAUCUUUAAAUGUAAAUUUAAUAAAUUUAAAUUUCAAGAUAAUUAAACUUUAUUUACCAUCUUUUUGUGAUUGAAAUCAAUAUUAUUGCUCAGUAAUUGUAUGUUUAUAUAAUGUGUGUUUAUUUUUCUUUCAAGUGAUUUCAUAAGAGCUUUCAUAUUACCAUGCAUAUCUUAUGUAUUUUUCAAUGUGUUAAAUGUUAUUUUCAUUGUAAUCUUCAUUUUGUUUUUGAAGUGAUUUUAUUUUAUUUUACUAUUAGAACUAAUGAAAUUAAAAAACGGUAUAAAAAGCACUGUUGGGAAAAAAAAACUUAGUUUUAUAUCAAUAGCUUCAAAAAGCAAUUAAGGGCACACUAAAAAUAGUGCAAUAUAGCUUGCCUCAGAGUCAGUUUUAUAGUAAAUUGUUAUAUUGAGUAAGUAUUGAGUGAUAAAAUGGUAUAGUGAUAAGCUUAUUGUAACAUUGAAAUUAAUUCAAUUUCAUGUCAAUUGUAUUUUGUGUGGUCAUGAAAUGCGUUUACUGUGUAUAAUAAUAUCUUACUAGUCUGAAUGUAUAACUUUAAGAAUUCAACAUAUUCCACUAUAAGUUGCCUUACAUGAAAAAUGAUUUAUCUAUUUUAUACAUUCAUCUGUUAUUUUGCAUUUGAAUAUAAUAUAUAUAUAUAUUUUAAAUAAUUUAUUCACAGUUUUAGUUUUCUAAUGAUAUUUUAUUUGAAGAACUGAAUUUAUUUAUAUAGAAGGAAAAGAUGUGAUUAUUUUAAGAUAUUUUAGGAUGAUUGGCAAUUACUCAAUUUGAAGUUCCUAAUCAGCUUUUGGAUUUUGUAAGAUUGUAAUGUUUUU